AUGUGCAAACUCACUAUAACUGCAGGUCUCUGUUUGAUCAUCACCAGCUUGGUCUCUUCCACCAAGCUGGUGUGUUACUACAACAGUGAUGCUGAAGAUAGAGUGGAACAAGGGAAGUUCACAGUUUCAGAUAUCAAUCCGAACCUGUGUACCCAUCUGAUCUAUGCCUUUGCUGACAUUAACUACAGACACAGGCUGGUCCCCAGCUGUGCAACUGACAUAAAACGCUAUCAGUCCUUUAAUGGACUCAAAACCAGAAAUCCUCGGCUCAAAACCCUGCUGGCGGUUGGUGGCUUGAAGUUUGACAAACAAAAAUUCAGUAAAAUGGUGUCAACACAACAAAAAAGAGCAAAGUUCAUUCUAUCAGCUAUCACACUACUGAGAACGAAUGGGUUUGAUGGGCUAAACCUUGACUGGAGGUACCCCGGAGGAGCUGGAAGCCAAUCACAGGACAAGCAGAGAUUCACACUGCUGUGCAAGGAGCUCAAAGAGGCCUUUGUGGCUGAGGGAAUCAAAACUGGCCAUGACAGAUUAAUCGUCACUGCUAGUGUCUCUGCUGAGAAAUCAACCAUCGAUGCCAGUUAUGAAGUCGCACAGAUUGCCAUGUACCUGGAUUUCAUUAAUGUGUUGACAUAUGACUUUCACGGCCCCUGGGAAAAUGUCACAGGACAUCACAGCCCCUUAUUCAACGGAUCCCAAGACACUGGAGACAAAAUCUACUUGAACACUAACUAUGCCAUGCUGUACUGGCACAACCAGGGAGCACCUACAAAAAAGCUAAUCUUGGGGUUAGCGUCAUAUGGGCGGUCUUUUAACCUCUCCUCUGCAUCCAGUGAUGUUGGAGCACCAGCCAAUGGUCCUGGUGAAGAACGCCGCUUCACUGGUGAAGAAGGAUUCUGGGCCUAUUAUGAGACUUGCCUUUAUCUGGAAAGAGUGACAGUCCAGUUGAUUAAUGAUCAGAAAGUUCCAUAUGCCACCACAGAAAAUCAGUGGGUUGGAUUUGACAACGAAUACAGCCUUGAUAUUAAGGUCAGUUACCUAAAAACUAACAACUUUGGAGGAGCCUUUGUCUGGUCUCUGGACCUGGAUGACUUUAGUGGACAGUUCUGUAAACAAGGCAACUACCCCUUCAUCAGCCACCUGCAUACGCUCCUAGUUCCAGGUUAUCCUGACCUUACCGAUGCAACUACAACUCCCACAACCAUUCCGACACGUACUGGAAACCCCUGUAAAGGAAGGAGCAAUGGGCUCUACCCCAAACUUGAUGACCCAAAUUCUUUUUACAACUGUGCUGGUGAAAUAGCCUACGUUCAACACUGCCAAAAAGGUUUGGUCUUUAACCAAGCCUGCAAAUGCUGUGACUAUCCAACAACAAUUUCCACUACGAAAACAUCUCCCACAGCCACACAUUAUCCUACUACAACCGAAACUCCCCUGACACAUACUGUAAACCCCUGUAAAGGAAAGGAGGAUGGGCUCUACCCCAACCCUCAUAACCCAAAUUCUUUCUACAACUGUGCUGGUGAAAUACCCUAUAUCCAAUAUUGCCAGAAAGAUUUGGUCUAUAAUCAAAACUGCAAAUGCUGUGACUAUCCAACAACAACGUCGACUACCAAAACCUCUUCCACAAGCAAAACAACUUAUCCUACUACAACCACAACUCCACCUAACAUAUCCACUCCGACAUAUACUGUAAACCCCUGUAAAGGAAAGAAGGAUGGGCUAUACCCCAACCCUCAUAACCCAAAUUCUUUCUACAACUGUGCUGGUGAAAUACCCUAUAUCCAAUAUUGCCAAAUAGAUUUGGUCUAUAAUCAAAACUGCAAAUGCUGUGACUAUCCAACAACAAUUUCCACUACGAAAACAUCUCCCACAGCCACACAUUAUCCUACUACAACCGAAACUCCCCUGACACAUACUGUAAACCCCUGUAAAGGAAAGGAGGAUGGGCUCUACCCCAACCCUCAUAAACCAAAUUCUUUCUACAACUGUGCAGGUGAAAUACCCUAUAUCCAAUAUUGCCAAAAAGAUUUGGUCUAUAAUCAAAACUGCAAAUGCUGUGACUAUCCAACAACAAUUUCCACUACGAAAACAUCUCCCACAGCCACACAUUAUCCUACUACAACCGAAACUCCCCUGACACAUACUGUAAACCCCUGUAAAGGAAAGGAGGAUGGGCUCUACCCCAACCCUCAUAACCCAAAUUCUUUCUACAACUGUGCUGGUGAAAUACCCUAUAUCCAAUAUUGCCAGAAAGAUUUGGUCUAUAAUCAAAACUGCAAAUGCUGUGACUAUCCAACAACAACGUCGACUACCAAAACCUCUUCCACAAGCAAAACAGCUUAUCCUACUACAACCACAACUCCACCUAACAUAUCCACUCCGACAUAUACUGUAAACCCCUGUAGAGGAAAGAAGGAUGGGCUAUACCCCAACCCUCAUAACCCAAAUUCUUUCUACAACUGUGCUGUCUCCUACUACAACAACUUCUCCUACUACCACCAUAACUCACUCUACCACAACAACUUCUCCAACUACAACCACAACUCCCCUCACCACAACAACUCUGACACAUACUUUAACCCCAUGUAA